AUGGAAUAUUUAGCCCGUUUACUAAGAUCCCUGCAUGCUCCACUUAAGAAAAUAUUUAAUUCUCACAUAUUAGAAGACGAAAUCAUUGAUCCUCCACCCUCUCUUUCAAGAGGAACAAGCUUAGAUAAGAUUUUGAUUGAUGCUUCCCGCACUCUAGGAUUUAAAGAGCUAAUAGAAGAUGAGCUUCCAUUAAAAGAUCACGACAUCCAAACGUAUGAUUUCUUUGCAGAAGACCAAAAGAUCAUUAAUGAUCGCGAAGAAGCAGCUAAGGAAGAACAAAAAAAUGAAAUAGAUGGUCUUUUCGGGAUGGGACUGUUUGAUGAUGAUGUUGAAAUUAAAGCUCCUGCUCCAGCUCCAAUACAGAAACCCGCUGUCGAAGAUGAAGAAGAAUGUCUUGCUUACUUUUUUGCAGAUUUAGACGUACUAGAAGACGUUGCUUAUAAUCCGGAACAGAUAAAACUGCAACAAAAGAAAAGAGAAAUACUGGAAAUUUGCCGUGAAUUUGCAUAUUACAAUGCAGAAAUUGAUCAGCCAGUUGUAAAAUGUCCUAUUUGUAUGUCAAAGCAGUCAGAUUUCAUAAAGCUAGACUGUUCUGACAUUUUCUGUCUUGCAUGUAUAAAUCUUGUACUAGUUAAUUAUCUUGACACAGGCAAAGUUUUUGCGGAGGAAAUUGCCUGCCCAGAGUGUAAAGCAAUGAUCCCUGACACAAUAGUAAAUAAACACAUCACAGCUGACCAGCAGCAGAAAAUCAAAGAUUUAAGAGUCAGUUUAAAGGCACAAAAACUUGUAGCAGAAGGAAAAGCCAUUCAUUGUCCUGUCCCAGACUGUAAAGGAUUUGGAUAUAUUUUCCCCGAAGAUUUAGUAACAGCUUGCUCUGAAUGCAAGGCAGGUGUAUGUAUUCCUUGUAAAAGAGGCAGCCAUCCAGGGCUCACUUGUGAGGAAUACGAAAAGGUAAACCCUGAAGAAAAUUUAAAUGAUAUGCUUUUGAGCAGAAAUUGGAAAAGAUGCCCAAAUUGUGGGAGCGCUGUUGAAAGAGAAGAUGGCUGUAAUUUUAUUACUUGUAAGAUGCUUCAUGAAAUAAUUUUUAUAAUAUGGAUUUUAUAAGAAAUAAUUUUUUUUUGUCACAUAUAAAAAUGAAGAAUUAAACUUAUGUAAAAAAAAUUUUUAUAAGAGUUUUUCGUUUAUAUAAUAAGGAUGCAUCUUACUUCUCCAGUUUGCAGAGGUGAAAAAGCACUCUGCAACCUAUGUGGAAAAUCUUUAGUAGAAGCCCAACAUUUUAGUCAUUUCCAAAAGGAAGGGCCUUUUGGAACUACUUGUAAUACUUUAGAUGGGAUACCUGAGCCUUCAUUUGAGUCAUCCACUCCACAGAAUGCAGAACCUGAAUUCGAUUUAUUUGAAUAA